CAUAGCAACACCGGGCGUCUGCGUCAGGAGUGCACAUUCCACUCUGCGCAAUUACGCGAACUCCUAACUGGCACAGUAAUCAGAGAAAAACCAAAAGGCAUUUUUCCAUCUACUGAACCUCAUACGGAUGAAAUGGACUUUUAAUCGGGGGACCCUGAUAAUUUAGGACUUGCAUCGAGCUCUUCAAUGCAGUUUACGGUACGAUAGCUGUAAAUGCUACGAUAGGAUUAUUACGCAUGUGCACCGAGCACAGUUUUAAAUAGUUGUAUAAAUAUAUUUUUCUUUUUAAAUAGCUUUCUUUUUCCUCUAAAAUUGGCUCCCGUACAAACAGCCGCGUUGGAUCCCUCGGCUUACUGCGAGACUCCGGUGUAUAACCCGGAUCUCUGCCCUAAUAUGAUAGCCGCCCAGGCAAAGUUGGUGUAUCAUCUCAACAAAUACUACAACGAGAAAUGUCAGUCUCGAAAAGCGGCGAUCUCCAAGACCAUCCGGGAGGUGUGCAAGGUGGUUUCGGAUGUCCUGAAGGAGGUUGAGGUGCAGGAGCCCCGCUUCAUCAGCUCUCUCAGCGAGAUGGAUAACCGGUUCGAGGGACUUGAGGUCAUAUCACCCACCGAGUUCGAGGUUGUACUCUAUCUGAAUCAGAUGGGAGUAUUCAACUUUGUUGACGACGGGUCUCUCCCCGGCUGCGCCGUGCUCAAGCUCAGCGACGGCCGUAAGAGAAGCAUGUCUCUGUGGGUUGAAUUCAUCACAGCCUCUGGUUACCUCUCGGCGCGCAAGAUCCGAUCGAGAUUUCAGACACUGGUGGCGCAAGCAGUGGAUAAAUGCAGCUACAGAGAUGUUGUCAAAAUGGUCGCUGACACAAGUGAGGUGAAGUUGCGCAUUAGAGACAGAUAUGUGGUGCAAAUCACGCCAGCGUUCAAGUGCACUGGGAUCUGGCCACGAAGUGCUGCACAUUGGCCUCUUCCUCACAUCCCCUGGCCGGGACCUAACCGAGUGGCAGAAGUCAAAGCGGAAGGUUUCAAUCUUUUAUCCAAAGAGUGUUACUCCCUGAACGGCAAGCAAAGCUCAGCAGAGAGCGACGCCUGGGUCUUGCAGUUCGCAGAGGCCGAGAACCGGCUCCUCCUGGGUGGAUGCAGGAAGAAAUGCUUGUCAGUCCUCAAAGCGUUACGCGACCGUCACCUCGAACUGCCAGGACAACCCCUGAACAACUACCACAUGAAAACGUUGGUUUCCUACGAGUGUGAGAAGCAUCCCAGGGAGUCAGACUGGGAUGAGAACUGUCUCGGCGACCGCCUCAACGGGAUUCUAUUGCAGCUUAUUUCAUGUUUGCAGUGCAGAAGAUGCCCGCAUUAUUUCCUGCCCAAUUUAGACCUGUUUCAAGGAAAACCUCACUCUGCUCUAGAGAAUGCAGCUAAACAGACUUGGCGACUGGCAAGAGAAAUACUGACCAACCCCAAAAGCUUGGAGAAACUUUGAGGUAAAAAUGUUCACCUCCUCUUAAAAAGAUUUGUGCUAAAAAGGCCUAACGAGCGGACAGAAAUAUUGCCAACCAAUUUGCAAAGUCUUGAGAAAUGUGACUGCCCUGUGUUGUUGAAUAUGUUCAGGCCUAGCCUGUUCCAAGUUGAUUUUUUUGACAGUUAACUUUGCCAUUAUUUCCGUGCACCUUUUGGCGGUGUCAGUAUUUAACAGCAAAGUUCAAAUGAUCGGCUACCAAUGAGUCAGAAAGACACACAGUUGCCUAAAUCCAACUUAAAUGCUUUAAAAUAAAGCCCCGUGACAAAGCUUUGGAAAACACACACAUGUACAUUUUAUACUGUAAAUACAUUCAUAGAUUGUGAUUCAAGUGGUCUGAAAUUGUGAAUGUUGUUCUGUGACACGUAAAUAGGAUCCACCUGUUUAAAUCUACUUCUGAACUUUUUCUUUAUCUCGUAGAAACGUUAUUAAUUUAUACUUGCAUCCGUGGUAGUCUGAUUCAUAUGUUUCAAUGGACAAGUUUACAUUUUGAUGGUAGGCGUUAAGACAUUUCUUACAAUGAAACAUUCCAUCAAUUUACUUGAAUUAUUAUUUAAAGGACUCAAACAUUUUUUGGUUGUUGUUUUGCUU